AUGGGUCGCAAAGGCAAGAAGGAGCCGAAGCAACUGGGAGUAGGCGACUUUGUGUUUGCCAAGGUGCGCGGAUUUCGCGCCUGGCCAGCGCGUGUUCUCCAGGAAGACGGCAACAUGUUUCAAGUCUAUUUCUACGGCACUUGCAACAUCGCCAAAGUUGGCGUCACCCAGCUCUUUGAGUACGAGAAGUGCAAGACACGUUUGGGCGAGGUCAAGCAGAAGCAUUACGGCCUGUUUAGAGAGGCGAUGGUGCACGUGGAGCAGUCGCUGACCAAUCCAUCCGACGAUCAUGGCUAUUUCCAGGCAAAGGCCGACUUGGCCAGCGAUGAUGCGGAGCUCGAUGACGAAGAGCUGAUCUCUCCAACAAUCUCUCCACAAUUGGCAUUGAAAAAAAGAUUGGGCAGAACAAUUGUACCAUUUACACACAUAACCGGCGACUCGGAUUAG